AUGAUAAAUUCGAAAAGAAUAUAUUUUUUUUAUUCUGUGUGCCCCCUAUUUAAAAGAAGAUUAACAAGUAAGGGUAUAAGUACGUCAACACAGUUAAUAGUAACAUGUGUGAAGGACACAUACAGAUCUAAAAUUUUUAGUAAAAUAAAAUGGAAUUGUAUAAGUAAUGAUAUAUUAAAAAAUAAAGAUAAAUUUAAUAUAGAAGAGAUGUUAAAUAUAAUAAAUAUAGUUAGUCGUUUACAUUUUGGAAAAAAGAUUUUAAUUCUUUUAAAACCAUUCCUAUUAGCUAAACUAGAAAACGAUAAUUGUAAUUAUGUAGAACGUAUUAUUACUUCUUAUAUCAGAGCAAAUAUUAAUGAUGAUAUUUUUUACUACGAAUUAUGUCUAAAAGUAAAGAAAAACUUGAAUGCUUUCUCACAAUCUUCUUUAAUUAAUCUAUUAUAUAACAUUAAUUUUCACUCCUCUGUGAACAAUGAGUAUAUAGCUAAAAUGGAAAUCGAAAUAAUAAGCCAUCUUAUGCUAAACAUUCAGAUGGAAGACAUUUUGAAUAACUCCUUCGAAAUGAAACACCAGAAAGAUAAAAUUUCAGGCGUUAAGGAAAGUACAUUAGGAGAAAAUAGCACAUAUUGCAGUGGUGAUAAAUUAUAUAAUGGGAAAAGAAGGCAAGUAAAAGAGGAAAAAAUCAACGCGGAAAAUAUUCUAGUAAAUGAAGUAGAAAAAGACCAAGCGCAAAGCACACCAACUAAGAAUUUGUUUCAUUUGAAAAACUACCAUAUUAUAUUACUGCUUUAUGCAGUUAGUAAUUAUCUGUUGCAUUUACAUCUAAAGAAUAAAAGUAAUGCAAAAAGUAAUGAUAACUUUUUUAAGGAAUUAAAAAAAUAUUUUAAAUGGUAUGAUGCUUUAAAAAUGCUUACUCAUGAAAAUAUAUUAGUAUUAUUAGGACAGAUAAGCCCCUUUUACCUAUUUUUGCUAUACAAGGCGAUUUUAAACUCUCUUUAUAUAUUCGAUGAUAAUACUAUGAAUGAAAAUUUACUUAACCAUGUUAAAGAUAGAAUAAAUAAUAUUACAUUACAACUAAAAAAUAAUGACACUCAUGUAAAGGGAAAAACUAAUGAACUUAUAAAAUAUAUAAAUAUACUGCAACAAAAUUUAAUUCAUUAUUCAGAAAAUAGGAAAAUUAACUUUCAGCGUAAUUAUAGGCAUAAUAUUGAACUAGUUAAAGUUAUACUCGCCUUACUGCAAGAAAAUAAUAAAUACGAUAUAAACAAGUAUUAUGCAUGGCAUAGAGAAAAAGUUGAAAAAGUGCAAACAAUUCUAAGGGUUAUUGAAAAAGGAUAA